AGCUGGAAUGCUGAACUAGAAACCAAGCAAGGUCAAGCCAGCAGCUUGGAUGCUCCGUUGAGUCGGGCAGACGUUCUCAAUGAUUGGAACCCCAACAUCCCCGAGCACACGGCCAGCUUCUCUUCUGUCUUUGAUUUGGUGUCUAUACCAAAACCCAGUGCACCCAUCAACUUUUCCCACCUCAAUGCACCAUUCGAACCACAUAUCGCCGAUACCAUUCUCCCAACCCAAGUACGACUGGCACAAAUAGCAGAGAUGAUACACGUUGCUUCGCUGCUACACGACGAUGUCAUAGAUACCUCACCGCUCAGACGGGGUGUGCCAUCUGGCCCUGCAAACUUUGGAAAUAAGCUCAGUGUUCUCGGGGGAGACUUCUUACUAGGACGAGCUAGUGCCGCACUUUCGCGACUAGGAGAGAACGAGGUCGUCGAAUUGGUUGCCAGCAUCAUUGCCAAUCUAGUGGAAGGAGAAGUCAUGCAGGUUAGAGAAGUACAUGCACCCGAAACUUUGCUUUCAAAGGAUACCAUUAUUGAGGAUCAGGGAGGACGGGUCGGCCAGGAGAGAUGGAACAUGUACCUGAAAAAGACAUACCUCAAGACUGCAAGUCUCAUGGCAAAGACCGUGCGAGGCGCGGUCGUAUUGGGCGGAUCGCGGGAAGGAGAGCUAUGGAAAGAAGUCGCCUACGCAUAUGGUCGCAAUAUCGGAAUUGCAUUCCAGCUCAUUGACGAUAUGCUGGAUUUCUCUGUCUCUGAUGCGUCAUUUGGCAAGCCGUCUGGCGGCGCGGACCUCCGGCUUGGCUUAGCCACCGCCCCAACACUGUAUGCUUGGGAGGAAUUUGAAGAGAUGGGCCCACUCAUUCAACGAAGAUUCGAAAAGGAAGGAGACGUUGAACUGGCCCGUCAAAUUGUCGCAGCCUCACAAGGGGUCACCAGGACCAGGGAGCUGGCUGAACUGUACGCUUCCAAGGCACGAGAAGUGCUUGGUCACCUUCCAGAUAGCGAGGCCAAGGAGGCCCUUCACGCCUUGACCGAAGCCGUGAUCAAACGAAAGCACUAUCUAUUAAGCGGCCUAUGA